AUGUCUCAAUAUAUUGGAAAGACUAUUUCUUUGAUUUCUAACAAAGGACUUCGUUAUGUUGGGUUGUUAGAUAACAUUAAUGCAGACGAUGCUACAGUUGCGUUAAAAUCGGUUAGAUCAUUUGGUACAGAAGGUAGAAUGGCUGCUAGUGGUAAUGCAAACCUUGAAGUUCAUCCAGGAACCGAUGUGUAUGAUUAUGUUGUUUUCAGAGGGUCCGAUGUUAAGGAUUUAACUGUUUUGGAUACUCCUAUUGAUCAGGUGAAGCCAGAGCCUUAUACACAAGCUCCGGCACCAGGUGGGUACCCAGCAUACCAACAACAGCCGCAAACUCAAACACAACAAAAGCCGCAAAAAGCACCAGCUCCUAGCACGACUUCAGCUGCUCCGGCAAAAGCUGCGUCAGCUCCAACUCAAACAUCAGCACCUAAACAAAGGGCCCAAAAACCUUCUGAGACCCAGACUCAACCACAGGCUCCAACCCCAUCGCAAACGCAACAACAACUGCAACCGCAAGCUACUCCAACUUCUGCUCGUACAGAGGAAACAGGAAAGGAGGAAAAUGCAUCGCCAGCCCAACCAAGACCGCAAGAACACCCGCAAUCUGGCUUACAAAAGAACGUUUCGAAAGUAUCUAAUGUGCCAGAGACCGCAUUUGACUUUGAAUCUGCAAACGCAAAGUUUUCAAGGGACAUAGAUUCGGAAAAAGACGCUGAACAGCCAAUGUAUAAUAAACAAUCGUCAUUCUUUGACAACAUUUCGUCCUCUGCAGAUGAAAAGAAUACUAUGAGGUGGGCAGAAGAAAAGAAUCUUAAUUUAGAUACUUUUGGUGAAUCUUCAGUCAACAAUAGGGGUAGAGGCAGAGGCAGAGGCAGAGGUAACUGGAGAGGUGGCAGAGGUAAUUGGAGAGGUGGCAGAGGCAGAGGUAGAGGUGGUAAUAGAAGUAAUAAUGAUUAUAACAGUAAGCCUGAAUGGGCCUAA